GUAUCGAUAAAGUUUAGGUUGCGAUUCUGUAAGCGUAGUUGACAUCAAAUUGAUAGUCACUGACACUAUCUAAUGAUUUUUGAAAGACACUGCUCAAGAGCAGUGUUUUUACAGAUUGAAGUAAAUUUGUUAUAAUUAUGGCGCGCGCUUUUCUAUUGGGAUAUGCGGAGGAAGAACGUAGACGUAAUAUUCUAAGAAUUGAAAGACGCCGUCUGCGUGACGCUAGUGAUCCAUUGCAGUUGCCAGAGAGAGAGUUCAUUGGACAUUUUCGUUUAACAAAACUUGGAUUCCAACAGGUUUUGGUGGAACUUAGUCCUCAUCUACCAAUAGUUAAACGAAAUACAGGUGUUCGCAAUGAACUCAAAAUUUUAGCAGCAUUAAAUUUUUAUGGCAAUGGAUCAUAUCAACGGAAUGUGGGUGCAUCAUUUCUACUAAAUAUGUCGCAACCUACAUUCAGUAAAUGUUUACAUGAGGUAACUGGUGCACUCAAUACUAACGAAAUCCUUAAGAAGUACAUAAAGUUUCCUAUGGCACAGCAUGAAAGGGAAAUAAUUAUGAAGGAUUUUAUGGAGAAAUUUGGAUUUCCGGGUGUUAUAGGUUGUAUUGAUGGUACACAUGUGGCUUUAAUCCGUCCUAAGGAGCAUGAGGAAACUUAUUAUAAUAGAAAGAAUUACCAUUCUUUAAAUGUUUUACUAAUAUGUGAUGCUAAACUGACCAUCCUCCAUGUUGAUGCAUCAUUUGGUGGUGCAUCUCAUGAUUCAUAUGUUUGGAAUCAAUGUGCAAUAAAAGCAUUUUUAGAAGGACUAGAAAGAAAUGGAGAGCACUGUUGGCUGUUAGGUGAUUCUGGAUAUGCUCAACGCCCCUGGAUGAUGACUCCAAUCAUAGGUGCAGCUCCGGGAUCGCCAGAAGAGUAUUACACAGAACUUCAUUGUCGGGUCAGAAAUACUGUAGAGCGAUGUAUUGGAGUACUUAAAUCACGUUGGCGGUGUUUGCUAGCACACAGGGUACUUCAUUACGAUCCAGUUACCACUGGCAAGAUAGUGAAUGCAUGUGUCGUCCUGCACAAUAUAGCCAAUGCACAAAAUAUUCCAAUACUUGACUCACAGGAUGGUGAUCUUGACAAUGACCAACAGCACCAAGUUUGCAUACAGGCAAGGAUUGAUGCUCCUCCAGAUGAAAGUAGGGUCAUAUUAAUUAAUAGGAUUUGGAACGCUAGAAAUAUUUUGUGAUUAUAAUUAUUUUUAUUAGUUUUUAUUCUAAUACAAAUAGCCUUUAUUUACGAUAAAAAUACUUUUAAUUGUUUACAUUGGACAAGACAUUAUGUAGUUAUUUACAUUAAAAUUAGAUUAGUUUUUAUUAUGUUAAAAAAAUAUUGUUUUAGUUAUGAAUCUAUAGAAAUAAAUAAAAUUAGUCUAUUUGUAAUAUUAAAAUAACUGCUUUUUAUUAAAUGGAUAUGGAUGAAUGGGCUUUUACUGGUGGAUAGUUGAUGUAGUGAGGAGUAACUUAGACGACUUUUAUUUUAAGAAAUUUAUUUAUUUUAUAACUAUUGUACUGUGAGAACUGAACAAAAUUCCAUGAAGACAGUCGCGGGCACAGCUAGUGUUCUAAGUGUGCUGUCUUGAUGAUCCUGUAAAAGAUAUUUGUUUAUAUAAAAAGUUUACUCAGGUGUAUAAUUAAAGUUAUAAUUAGAAUGUACAUUUAGUCUUAAAUUUAGAUGUAUAAUAUUUUUAUUAAUAUUUAUUUCAAAAAUAUAUGUUCAUACCUGAGAUAUGGCUACGAA